AUGUCGAGCACCUCAACCACCCACCCCCAGCUGCUUUUACAACAAAGUAAGGUAAAGUAUUUAAUGAAAGUUUGUCGCCCGCUUUGUCAGUUCACACAGAAGUGCAACCGAGGGUCAUGGGUUGAAAGGACAUUCGGUGCCGAACGGAAAAAGGCAUCGAGUGCUUCUGAGGAUAAUGACCUCUUGUCUAUGCACCUGCCAUUUUCUUCUGACACAGCACCGCCCUGUGGUUACUCCACAACCGAAGCAGUAAGGCUGAUUUCACUGCCGUAUCACCCCCACGUUUACGCCUACUGCCUGUUUGAGAGUCGCUUAAUCUUUGAAAGAGCGGUGUUGCACGGUGCCAUCGCCCCAAACGUCAAACCAUCACAAUUUUUCGUUCAUCCCAUAAGUGUCAUGCGACAUCCGGAAAAGUUCAAGUUGUUUUUUGGAGAGGAGCGGUCGGACGUUCUGCUAAGGCUGCUUGUGGACCUUCUUGGCGAGUACGACGGGGAUGACCGUUCCGUCGUGCAGAAAUGCCGUGCGAAGGGGGUGAGCAACGAGAACUGGGUGCCUUUCCUGCGCGGUUUGGGGCUUUGUUUGGCUAUGGGAGAUAUAGCUUCUUCACAAGCAACUUUUGUUAUGGAAGACUGCAUCACAGGAGGCGGAGCAGACUGCGGACUGUCUCUACCCGGAAGCUACGAAAAACGCGGGUCUGUAGCUGCUGAACUACUGAUGGAAGCUAGCGUGGAACUAGGCUCACUUACGCUGGCCAACCUAAGCCUUUCUUUAUACCGGCAGUUUCUCCCCGAGGUGCCACUUACCGCCAGCAAAAAAGUAACCAUUUGCACAACGCGGUGCGAACGGCGCUUCUUGGAAUGGAAUCAGCGGUGUCUCAAAACUGGCCCACGCAGAUGA